AUGCCGGUUGCUUUGUUAACGGUACUUUCUUUUCAACCGCCGCAGACGACAAGCCGGCCGCCGGCUAAACUAAAGUCCGCCGCCGCGGAGGCCGCGCCCGGCUUCCCGCCCGCCCGGCGGCAACCGUUUGAACCGCCGGCUGCCGUUAGCAGGGGGCACCCGCGCGCCCGUUUGAACCGCCGGCUGCCGUUAGCGGGGGGCGCCCGCGCGCCCGCUCCCCGCCCCGCCUCCGCGCAGAGCCAGGCGCAGCGGCGGGCGGGGCAAGGCGACGCGGCCGCGUCAGUGAACACCCAGCGCCUCCUCCCGCCGAGCCUGCCGCGCUGCGGAGGUUGGGCUUCCUUCCGGGGCUUCCCGCUGCUGCUGGGCUGUGUGUCUGCGCCUCUGCCCUUCCUCUCCUCUGCCUUCGCUGCCUGCCCCGAGCGGCUUGGCGUCGUCACAGCGCUUGCAGCCCCUCGUAAAACCGUUAAAGUGCUGUCGGGCCACAUUGAAUUGCCUUGGUGCUUUAGCUGGCGGUAUCGUCAAAGCUCCAAGGGCUUUUUCAACGUUUGGAAAGCAAGAAAGGAAAUGAACUCCAGCACUAAUGUAGAAACAAAGAAAGGUUUAUCUUCUAGGCAUGUGAAGAGAAAAAGUAAAAAGCAGUUCUCAGAAAAUGUAAAUGAACCUAUGGUUUUAAAACCAACAAGUCUAGUGGAAUCUUACUUAGAUCAGUCCUUACAGAUUUCAUCUUUAAAUAAAGAUGGUAUGCUGGAUGAACUGCAGAUGCUAGGUGAUAUCACUAAACAUCUUAAUCAGAUUAUAAACUCAUUGGAAAAUAUUUAUAAAAAAGAUGUUGAUGUGAAAGAGGAAGAUGCACAAGAAGACUCAAGUUGGUUUGGAAAAGAAGCUCAACUGAUGGAAGAACUAGGAGAAGAAGAACAUGCUGCAGAUUCUGUACUUCCUAUGGCUGACAAAAGUAUAGUGGAAGGCAUUUCUAAACUGACUCUAUGUAUCCAGAGGCUUGAAAAACUGAAGAGUUGUAUUCAGAAUCUUCCAGGACAUGCCCCUCCUUCUGUAGUUAAGCAAGAACUUAAGAAAGACCAACAAUCAAAGAAAGUUUCUUCCAGUCAAACUAAAAAAGAAAGUGAAAAAUUGAAAAUGCAAGAAGAUUUACUUAAAGCUCAGGAACAUCUGCAUGUUCUUCAAAGAGAGAAAGUAAUCCUUGAAGAAAAGCUGAAAAAAGCUUUACAGAAUGGGACUUUGGAAACUCACUUACUUGAGAAAAAAAAUCUUCCAUGGACUCAAAAAGAAGUAGUAGAUGAUAAAGAAAGACUUCCGUUAAUAAUUCACAUGAAUAAAGUGCCACAAGUAUCAACACUUUCACUGGCAGAAGCUGGCCUCAACACUGAGGAUAGAUUAAAUAAGGUACCAAAACUUCUUGAAAGCUUGGAGUCAAAUCUGAAAGACCUGCAGGAAGAACUGGCUCUGACAGAUGACCAAAAAAGCAAUGUAAGUGAAAGCUGUGGAUAUGAGCUAAAAAGAAUUUUAGCUGCAAGUCUGGAAUCAAAACUGAAAGACCUACAGCAAAUAGAGACUUUCAUAGCAGAUCAACUAGGCAUACGUGGGUCUGAUGAAAAGCAAGUAUAUGACAUCCCACAAACAAGAAGACUUCUGUUGUCAAGUUUGGAACCAACUCUGAAAGACCUGCAAAUGGCAGAAGCUAAUAUAAUUAGCCUGCCAGACAGCAUAAAUGAGGACAGAUUGAAGGAAUUCAUCAACCAAAAAAAUAUUCUACUGUCAGCUCAGGAAGCAAAUUCACAACGUUUGCAACAAGCACAGACUACUGUAGUAGACCAAGAAGACCAAUUCAGAUUUUUUGAGAAAAAAAUACAGGACUUAACAGAAAAAAGAAAGCUUUUGCUUACCAACCUAGCAUCAAAUUGGAAAGAUCUGCAACAGACUCGGGCUUUGGCUGCCAGCCAACUUCAUGGCAUGAAUGUAGGAAACAAAGUAAAGGACCUCAUCAAGGAAAGAGAGACUUUGGUUACUGAAAUAGAAGAAAAUCUAAAGAGCCUGCAGGAAGUUGAGAAUGUGGUAACAAACCAUUUAGUCACAAACAGAUUAAUUGAUAAUUGCUUAGGCAACAAUUCUGAUCUUUUUGAAAGAAAAUCAGAAGUGCCCAGAAAAUGGCCUCUAAAUAGUAGAACUUUGCAGCUAGAACGUAUUCUUUCAGCACUUCCACUUGAUCAAGACAGAAGCUCUGAAAAUGAAUUGUUAGCACAGAAAAAUAGAAUUCUGCUUCCAAAUCUUCCAUCAGCUCUGUCAUCUGUUCAAAGUACUGACAAAUCCAUUGCAGCUACGCAGCCAACCUACGACAGAGAGACUACAUCACCUGUUCAGCAAAUGAUGCCAUCCAAAGUUGUAUCCAGUAUACAUUUUGACUUUUCUGUACUUCCAGCCUUAAUACCAGAAGGGAGAGUUCAGAAGGCAUCAGAAAUUGAACUUCCUCAGAAGAGAAAGCUGGUGAAAAAAACCACAGACAUUUCUGAGAAUAAAAGAGACUCUGAUGCCUCAACUCCUUACCAGAGAAAAUGGGAAGCAUUGUUUAUUUCUGGGAAGAGUUACCCUUUGCUGAGCUCAAGGAGUCAAGAGGCAAAAAGGAGGUGAAACAUCUCUGAUAGGAUUCUCUCAUAUGCCUCUUAAUAGAAUACUUGUGAUGGUAAACUUACAGCAUUAAUAAAAAAAAUACCAC